AAAAAACACGUGUGCUGAGAUGUCAUAUUCCUUUAGUCGAGAUAGAACUGCAGAAUUAAAAAGUCCCAAUAAUAAUGAUCAAUAUCAAAAACCUCACGACUGGGGAUAUUCACCUCGAGGCGGUGGUAGUAACAACAAUACUUAUGAGAUGAGUCAAGUAAGCCCAGAUAUCACCAACAUCCAAGUGUUCUUUGAACAGUUAGAUAGAGCGAAAAACGAAAUUGAUUCGCUCAAUUAUCAAAUCGACCAAAUUGCAAACUUGCAUAGUACGCUUUUACAAAGCCUUAAUGACCAACAGUCAAGACAAGCGUCAAAUGAUUUAGAAAGGAUGAAGUCAAGCGCACAGAGAACGAACUUUAAUGUAAAGGCAAUGAUACAAGAAAUGCAGAGCGGGAAUAAUCAGCUACCAAAUAAUUCAGAUACACAGAUGCGCAGAACACAGACUGGAGCCUUGAGAAAGCGAUUUCUAGAUACUAUCCAAAGAUAUCAGGAUGUAGAGCGUAACUAUCAGUUGAAGUAUCGACAACAGAUCGAACGACAAAUAAGAAUUGUUAAACCAGAGGCAAGCCAGGAAGAAGUGGAUGACAUUAUUGACUCUGAUGGACCGCCUCAAGUAUUUGCACAAUCACUUAUGAAUGCGGGUAGACAAGGACAGGCCAAAGCAGUCCUAUCAGAGGUUCAGUCGCGGCAUGAUGAUAUCAAGCAUAUAGAAAAAACAAUCAUUGAAUUACAUCAGCUCUUUAUGGACAUGUCCAUGAUGGUCGAGCAGCAAGGAGAGACACUGAAUACAGUUGAAGCUAAUGCAGAGCAGACGCAAACAAAGAUUAAAGAAGGCAAUCAAUUCAUUGCUAAAGCUAUCCAAACUGCUAAAUCAACACGAACUAAAAAAUGGUGUUGUUUUUUCUUAUGCAUUGGUAUUUGCGUGAUGAUUGCAAUUCUCGUUUGGUGGUUUGCUUUUGAUCACGUGGGUGUUGGUGGUAGCAACAAUGGUCAAUAA